GUUGACGCAUCCGGUAUAAAAGAACGAUAACAUGUACGGACCGUUGACAAGCAAAAUCGCUCUCUCCCAACCCGACUUUCGACGAGUACGUAACAAGGCGUGUGAAGAAUAAACGAAACAUUGAUUUAUGCCUUUUAUUUACACCCUGCCAUUUCGGCAUACAUAACACUGGCGACGAGGUAAAUAUAGCAAUUCAUUUAAAGGGUUUGGGUAGAGCAAAAUUUUUCAAGUAAAGUAACAGUAGUUGAGGUUAAGAAGGCAGUGGCAAUGGCGGUUGUCGGAACCAUGCCAGUUUUUGACUGUAACGAAGAUUUCGUUAUUUUUAAAGAACGGAUCGUUCAAUUUUUUAAGGCAAAUUCUAUUGCGGAAGCGAAGCAAGUUCCGGUGUUAAUUACAGCGUUGAGUAGUUCGGUGUAUACGACCUUGCGCGAUUUAUGUUAUCCAGAUAAACCCGAUACAAAAACUUUUGCCGAAAUUUGUAAAUUGUUGGCACAACAGUAUUCAAAAGCGAUAUCAAUUUUCAACGAACGAAGAAUUUUCUACAAGAUGCAGCAAAGUGAAGGAGAGCAGAUUAACGAUUGGUUCGCGCGGGUAAAGAAGCUGGCAGUAAACUGCAAAUUUGGAGCCGACUUAACCAUGGUUUUAAAAGAUAAGUUUGUGACAGGGAUGGUGGAUGGCAAGGUGCUAGACAGACUGGUAGAGGAGGAUCCAUCGCAGAAGACCUUAGACGAACUAUUUCAAAUGGCGGUAAAAAAGGAGGCAUCCUUGCGGAUAAGCGGUGGUAGCAGUCGACAGCAGCUGUUUGCAAUAGACAAGAAGAGGGUUACUGAAAGGCGAGCUGAAAGGGGUCCGCAGCACAAGGUACAUUCAGCGAAAGCGUCGGGCUCACAGUCACAGGUGAAGUGCUACGCGUGUGGUAAGAAGAAUCACAAUUUCAGUAAGUGCACGUACAAAAAUUUUAAGUGUAGGUUAUGUUUUAAAGUGGGACACAUUACAUCUAUCUGUAAUAUGAAAAGACAAAAUUACCUGCAAAGUAGAGACGAAGCACAAUCACAUGUUGAAAUUCAAAAUGAGGAUUCUGUUUUAGAGCGUACUUUGUAUCACUUAGAUAAUGAGGUUACACAUAAUUUUAAAGUAGAUGUUUUCAUUAAUCGUGUUAGGUUGCGAAUGGAAAUCGAUACAGGUUCUGCCAUUUCGGUUUCAAGGACAGUCUUGAAAUCGUAUGAUGGUACAAAUAUUUAUCCAAAAGGAAAAAUUAACGUAAGCUUGCAGAUUGGAGGUGAUUGUAAGAUGGUCGAAUUAUUAGUCAUCGAUAAUGGUGGAAACCCAUUGUUGGGUAGAGAUUUAUUAGCAAGGUUUAAUGUAAGUAUGUGUAGCAAAAAUGUGUUCGUGUUAAAUGAUUGUAAAGAUAGUUUAGACGUUUUAGUAAAUAAUUAUGCAGAGCUAUUUAAAGAUGAGUUAGGUCAUUUUAAAUUUGAAAAGGUGAAAUUGGAAGUGGUAGAAGGAACGACACCUAAAUUUCAUAAACCAAGAAAUUUGCCAAUUGCUUAUAAAGGAUUAGUUGAAGUAGAGUUAGACAGGUUACAAAAAGAAGGUGUAAUUACACCAGUUCCAGAUUCAGUUUGGGGGACACCCUUGGUCCCUAUAUUAAAAAAAGAUGGGACAAUUCGGUUGUGUGCCGAUUAUAAGGUUACGGUAAAUAAUUAUUUGAAAGAUGUUAAAUAUCCCCUCCCAUUAAUUGAAAAUUUAUUUGCCGCUUUACAGGGUGGAGAGAAGUUUUCUAAAUUAGAUCUCAGUCACGCAUAUAAUCAGUUAGAGCUAGAGGAAUCCACCAAACUUUUACUAGCGUGGAGUACGCAUAAAGGUAUAUUUAAAGUUGAGAGACUGCCUUUCGGUACAAAACCCGCUUGCUCGAUUUUUCAACACAUAAUGGAGAAAGUAUUGCAAGGAGUAACAGGAGUGACCGUUUUUCUGGACGACAUUGUAGUGACAGGGAGAAAUAACAAAGAACAUUUGCAAAACUUAGAGGUAGUGUUUCAAAAAUUAAAAGGUGCAGGAUUCCGUUUGAAUCGAUUGAAAUGUAAUUUCCUACAGGAUAGAAUCGAAUAUUUAGGGCACAUAAUUAGUAAGGAGGGGUUACAAAAAAAUCCUUCUAAAAUUAAAGCAAUAGUGAAUUGUCCAAGACCCGAGAAUGUUUCUCAAGUAAAAGCUUUCAUCGGUAUGAUUAAUUACUAUGCGAAAUUCAUUUCUAAUGUUACAAAACUUUUAAAUCCAUUGUACAAAUUGCUAAGUAAGGACAGUGUUUUUGCAUGGAGUAGGGAAUGUGAAAAUUCAUUUAUCACAGUAAAAGAGGUAAUGGCUUCGGAUAUAAUUUUGGUACAUUUUGAUCCAAAAUUACCUAUCAAAGUAAGCUGUGACGCGAGCUCCUAUGGAGUAGCAGGCAUUUUAGCACAUGUAUUUCCGGAUGGUAGUGAGCGACCUAUUGAAUACGCAUCACGUAAAUUAACAACUGCCGAGAUGAAUUAUGCGGUCAUUGAUAAAGAGGCCUUGGCUAUUUAUUUUUCAAUAAACAGGUUUUCUAAUUAUUUGUUUGGCCACAAAUUUGUAUUAGUGACCGAUCAUAAGCCAUUAAAAUAUCUUUUUGGAGAUACGAGAAGUAUACCAGUAACGGCAGCAGGACGUUUACAGCGUUGGGCGGUGUAUUUAAGUGGUUUUGAUUAUAGUAUCGAAUAUGUUGAAGGGAAAAGGAAUAGUAAUGCAGAUGGUUUAUCUAGAUUACCUAUAAAUUUGAUUUUAAAGGAAUCUACAGAGUACACGUAUUUGAAUUUUGUUGCACAAAAUUCAGAUAUCGUGGUGGAUGCAAAGGCAAUAGAGGAAGAAACUAAAAGUGACAAAAUUUAUUCUAAGAUUUUUAAGUUUGUAAAAGAUGGGUGGCCUACACAGAAUACGGAUAAAGAUUUGCAACGUUUUUUCAAUAGGAGAUUCGAAUUUAGUAUAGAACAAGAGGUAAUUAUGUUAGGACACAGGGUGGUAGUACCUACAAAAUUCCACGACAGUAUUUUAAACGAGCUGCACAUUACACAUGCAGGAAUAGUUAAAAUGAAGUCGAUCGCACGUUCUUACGUGUGGUGGCCGUUAAUAGAUGCAGAUAUAGAGAGAGUAGCUAAACAGUGUGUAAUUUGCAACAAGUUUAAACCCAAUCCUCCACUUGCAGAAGUUUUAGCAUAUAAACAAGCCAAGCAGGUGUUUGAGAGAAUUCAUGUAGAUUUUUUUGGUCCUGUAAGGAAUAAAAUGUUUCUUGUAGUGCUAGAUGCAUGUAGUCGUUGGCCGGAAGUAAUUGAAAUGUGUUCAACUACUUCCUUAGCAACGAUCGAGGCAUUAAGAUCUAUUUGUGCGAGAUAUGGGCUACCAGAUCAGCUGGUAAGCGACAAUGGACCACAGUUCCGAUCUUAUGAAUUUGAAAAUUUUUGCAGAAAUAACGGCAUAAAACACACAUUGACACCACCGUUCCAUCCUGCUAGUAAUGGGGCAGCGGAAAAUGCCGUAAAGGCAGUCAAAGCCGCGUUAAUAAAAGCUUUCAGCGAUGGUAGAAAUUCAAAUAUUUCUACGAGCUGUUUAUUGGCUAGGUAUUUGCUCAAUUAUAGAGCUGCUGAUCAUGGCACGACAAAUAAGUCUCCAGCUAGUAUUAUGUUUGGAAGGGAACUGAAAUUAAGGCUCAGUAAUGUCAGACCAAAAUAUAAGACAGAUUCAGAAGAAUUAACUAUUUGUAAGCCCGGAAGAGCCAUAAGUUUUGAACAGGGGGAGGAUGUUUACAUCCGCGACUAUAGCAAUAUAAAUAAAAAGAGCUGGAUGCCAGCAAAGAUUCACAAAGUACUGGGACCUAGGGUUUACCUAUGUAAAAAUUCAAAGGGAAUUUACAAGAGACAUUUAGACCAGAUUUUACGGAGCAUUCCUACUACUACUACCGAUAAUAAACCUUUGAUCUCUACAAAUUGUUCAGAUAAUUUUAAGUACACGAUUGUUCCAUUACAUGAUAAUACAGUAUCAGGUUCAGAAGUGAAUGUGGCUCAAACGAAUAUUCAAAUAAAUAAUCCGGUGUUGACCCACGCUCACUCCCGACCAGUUAGAGUAAGGAAAAAGCCAGAUCGGCUUGAUUUGUAAUUUUAGACUUAUAUGGGGAGGUGUGUUAUGUUGACGCAUCCGGUAUAAAAGAACGAUAACAUGUACGGACCGUUGACAAGCAAAAUCGCUCUCUCCCAACCCGACUUUCGACGAGUACGUAACAAGGCGUGUGAAGAAUAAACGAAACAUUGAU